AUGGAGAUGGAGAUGGAGAUGGAGAUGGUGCCUGAGCACAGCCGCAGCGGUGGAAGAAGAGGAGGAACGCGAACGUUUAUUUGGCGGAGAGGGCUGGCUUUUACGGUGGCGGAAACCGGGAUUCGCCGGGCAAGUUGGAGAGUUUUCUCUCUCCUCUCUCCCAAACUCAAGAUUUGGAGGUUCAAUUUGCUCAAAAUUUGCAUUCAUUAACAUUGUUUAGAUACAUAGUCAACCUCAGGAGCAUCAACUAGAUUCUUCAGGUAGAGGUCAAGUCAACCUUGCUUAGAGUAUGAAUCAGCUGCAUUACUUUCUACAGAUUUCUCAAUAGACGGCCUCCUUUCUUUCUUGAGAGCCCAUGUCUUACAAUUUGAUUUAUGGAAGUAUCAGAGAGGACAGCGAUAAAGGCUGCAUCUAAGGAGGUUUCUCAUGAAGUGAAAACUCUGAUGAAUACGGAGGCUAUAGAUUCACUAAAGCAAACACAACACCUGAUAUUAGGAAGGUUGCAAGACAGCAAUGCAGUGCUUUCACAUUUCAAUGAAUACUCAGAGAAUUGCUAUGCAGAUGUCAUGGCAGAGUUUUCAAAAAAUACACGUCUUUUGAAAUCAAUGAAGACUGACCUUGACUACAUAUUUGUCAAGUUGAGAAACAUCAAGUCCAAGAUUUUCGCCACUUAUCCUGAUGCGUUUCCAAAUGAAUCCGUUGACACCAGACCAGACCUUGAGCUUGAGGUACCGCGAGAUCAUGUUAGUCCGACAGAAUCCCAUCAACCACCAUCUGUAUAAUAAUACAUCUUUUUGAACAUCAGUUCGAGUUUGUACUUAAAACCUUGUUGAGCAAGCAACUGAGCACUACUUACUGGUCUACUUUGGAUCAAUCAUUUGGAGUAUAUUUGAUCUCAUUGCUACAUUUUAACCCAAGCACUUCAGAGAUUCUGCUCCAAA